AUGAGCAGUGGUCCUCCUCUUGGAACUCUAUGGAUUGAACUGCUACCACAGACAAAUCCUGAGUAUGUCAUUGGAAUUGAUACUGCUUUCUUUAACGUGAAUGAAGUCUUCAAAGGACUCAAGGCAAUUCCUCCAGGACUCCAUCUUUUCCACUACUCUGAAGGUGAUGAUAUGAGAGCAGGAUGGUGGUUUGAAAUCCACGAACACCAGGUGGUAUCGAUAUAUUGGGACUGUGAAUUGGAAAGGUUUAUGACGAAGGCAGUUGAUAUGGAGAAGGUUGCCAAUGGAUACCAGUUUAUGGUGCUGUAUCCUGAAGAUAUUGAUAACUGGACUAGGCUCACUAGACAUAUACAGAUGUCUGAUCUUGAGACGAUAGGACCAAAGUUUCCUGAGCCUGUUACUACAGCUACGCCUCUGAAGGAGGAGAAUAUUGUUCUUGCACAAACAUUGAGGGAAAGAGACCCCAAACAAGAGUUUGAGGACCAGUCGUCGUCAGAACUAGGUUAUACUAUAGUGCAGUUCAGAGAUACAGGAGCAAGAGACGGUCAAAGCGAUGAAGAUGUAACCAGGAACGCUCUAGAUCGGUCGUGGCAGCUCGAUAAACUUUAUUGUUCGCCCAGACACGUCAUGUCUGAGCUACAAGUAUCCUUUAUUUAUUUUUGCGUGAUUGCAAACCUAUGUUCAUGUACUCAAUGGCUUCUGUUGCUACGGUUAGUGCUGCUGAGUGAAAAUUUCCUUCAAAAGGACAAACAGUCAGCUAAUGCAUUGCUUGAGUUGUUUUUAGCACAGCUCCAGAAGAUUCCCGAAGAGUAUAUGGGCACAACUGAGCUAGGAGUAGUCGACAUGAAGCAGUUUGUUGAAGUCCUAGAAAAGCUCAGCUCCAUAUUUAAAGGCAACGAAAGAUGGCAGGCCAUGGAUUCCACUUGCCAGAGCCGAUUUGGAAUCCACAUUCGAAACCUUGAAACUCUGUUUGACGCAGACAACUUUGAGAUAUAUAAUCUAGACGAUCACGAUGCAGAUGACGAAGAUGCGCCUUUGGUGGUGAGUUAA